CUAUGUACGGAACGCUAUAUUUGAAGAGAUACAAACCACAUUGAAGGCUGUUGGUGGCAAAUCUACUAUACAAACAUUCAAAGGUGGAACAAUUGGGCGUCUUAGUGAUCACGAGAGAUACGCUAGCGCCAACAAUGUUCUGCAUCACCUAUUAUCUCGACAGAUUGAGGGAGGGGAUAUACCUCCUCAUGAAGCAUGGUUUGUUGUCGGUAGUCGUAUCAUUCGUUUUACAACACCGGAUUACGCACUAAUUACCAGACUUCACUUUGGGUUUUGUGAGUUUGAUCCCGACGCUGAGCACCAGAUUCCGGCCAAUAGUAUCUUCUACAGAUAUUUUGGUGGUCGUCCCACAAAAGUUGGAACUCUUAAGACGAAAUUCAAAGCAAAACAACUUGGGAAGGAUCCAGAAGAUUAUAUUAAAGCGGGGAACUUGUUGAUGUAUUACUUGUUUCUCCUUUGUCGAGACGAUGUGUAUAUCGAGGCAUGAGCAUGGACUUUGGUGGAGGACUUGGACGAGUGGAAUUGGUUUCCAUGGGGGUCUUAUACCUAUCAGGUGUUACUUCAUUAUUUGAGCUUGGCCGGAACUCGGGAUGACGUGUUGAAGAAACCAGCGUACCACUUCUUUGGCCCAGUCUGGGCUUUGCAGAUUUGGUCAUACGAGGUUAUUCCCACAUUGGGUUCUAUUUGUGGCACACGAAACCCAGUCCCUAAAUUUCCUCGUGCUUUGAUGUGGACAACCAGAAAAGCUCCUGGCGAUUUCACAUAUUUUUUCGACAAAGAGCUUAUUGUGCACGAGACGCUUCAGCCAUCCCCUGAAGAGCUAGAGGAGGUGUACUACAUGAGCCUAGACAAUGAAGAUAUGCUCCAUGUUAGAUUCGUGCCUCCUCUACGUCUUGCAUCGAAGAAGAAGACAACUCAUGUUCCAAAGCGGCGUAGAAUGAGAUCUCCAACACUUGAGAGGGAUAGUAGGCAGGUUUCGCCGGCUGUUCAGAGGGAAGGACCCCGUAGUUCACCUUUGAGGGAGGAACGUCAUAGUUCUCCCGUUGUUGAGAUGAGAGAACGCCAUAGUUCUCCGAGAGUUGAGACGAGGGACUCACCGGUUAUUGAUAGUACACUUACUUGUUGUCACCAUGGAGUUCCGUGCCGAGACUCGGGCAAGGAUUGUCAUGACUACAUCGACCAGAGAUUGACAAGGAUGUUGCACGAUGAGUCUGAUGAUGGAUUUAUUGCUCGAGUAGCUCGUAGAGUGCUCAGUGGAAUGAAGGAGAUGCUCGAUUGUACAGGUGACAAAUCUAUUCGUCUUAGUCCUAGGAGAUCAGUGGGGCACGUAUCUCCUGUUCGCUCCACUUCUCAUGUACAUCAUUGGCAUCACUCCACUUCUCGUGUAGAGCAGCCACUGCCACAUCGAUCCACUUCUCCUGUAGAGCACCCACAUGGCUCUCCAUCUCCAGUAGAGCAGCUUCAUCAGUCCCUAUCUCAUGUACUGACUACUCCAGUGCAGCCGGUGCUUGAGAAUCUAUUUCAGGGUGAUGAGCAUGCUGACGAAGAGGAGGAGGAAGUUGGAGAUACUUCAGAUGAGCAUGUAGAUGAUGUUGGUUUAGGUCAACGUGUGAGUAGACCCUCUGCUGCAUUGAGGAGCCCAUUCGCCCCCAUUACUCCAAAUGAUAUGAAGAGAAUCAAAGCUGCCUAUAGAAAAUUCAGAGCUUCGGGUCCUGAUUCUUCUGUGACAAUCAAAGACCUUGGUCACAUCCUUCCACAAGCAUAUUUCGACGAUAUAGAGAGCUUCAGUAAGGAGUUUGAUUCUGAGGUGAUUGAUCUCUUCAUAUUAUUUAUGAGACACAAGAUCCAAUCUCGUAGAGGUUUGAAAAGUGGUGUGAGUUCGACUAAGACGAUCUUAUUGACUACCUAUUUCUUUCAUACUUUAGACGUUGAGUCCAAGAAAUUGAACUCUGAUGACUAUCUUGAUUGGGAAGUGCCGGAAAGCCUUAAAGAUAUUGUACUUGGCACAGAUCCCAAAUCAUCGACUCCAUGGACGAAUGCCACUCAUGUCAUUGCAAUUUGCAAUGUUGAGCAUCACUGGGUAACUAUAUGCAUUGACUUGAGUGCGUGGAAGGUUCAUUUAUAUGACUCAUUGAUGGAUAAGUAUCGAAAGGGUUCAGUGCGGAACACACAGAUGAAGUGUGUCACUCAUCUUCUUCCUCGUCUAUUGGACGCUGCAGGCUAUUGGACACAGAGGCCGGAUCUGAUGAAGAGAACCGAUCCACUGACACUAGUGAAAGUGGAAAGUAGGCACCAGUUCAAGCAAUUGGACUCGACUAGUUGUGGUCCAUACUCAUGCAUGUAUGUGGAUCGUCUCAUUUGCAGCCUCAAUGAUCAUAGGGGACUACCAAUAGAUGCAGCCUAUAUUAUUAAGUAUAGGUGGAUUGUAGGAUCCAGAAUAUUUCAUUUGACAUGUGAUUAG